AUGAAAAUCUUAUUACUUCUAUCAGUACUGUAUGUAUCAGUGAAUGCCUUACCGUUUGGCGAUCAGUUGGUACCGGGUGUUGACAACAGUAACAAAUGGGUGGUAUUGUGUUCCGGUAACAAAGGCUGGAUGAAUUACGGCGACCAGGCAAUAGUCUACAGGGCGUACCACUUAUUCCGAUCGUAUGGCAUACCGGAAGACCAUAUAAUUGUGUUUCAUUACGACGAUAUCGCUUAUAAUAGCGAAAACCCCACACCCGGUGUUGUCAUCAAUGAGAUCGGAGGUCCCGAUGUCUAUAAGGGGGUCCCUAAAGAUUAUACAGGAGAGGACGUCAACCCUAAGAACUUUUUAAAAGUAAUCCAAGGAGACAAAGAACUAGCUAACCAGGGUAAAAAGGUUGUCAAAAGUGGACCUAAUGAUCACGUGUUUCUAUAUUUUGGAGACCAUGGUUCACCU